CCAAACACAAACCACACAAAAGAAACCUCAAUGAAGAUCUCCCCAGCCUCAUACUGCAGGGCUUAUAUUAGGCCACAGGCAGGUGGAGGCAAUCAAGCAAUUGAGCAAUUAGGUAUUACCUCCACCUGCACUACCUAGGCAAGCAGAGGCUGGGGACGUAACAGUAGUAGAAGUCAUCUUUAUGAAAUAUCAGCAUUGAAAUGAAACUAAUUAUGUGCAUGAAGGACCGUAUAACAGGCAAAGCAAAACCAAAGUUCUAAAAGGUCACAUGAACAUCAACCACAGAAACAGCUCUGCACCACCGGACACUGAACUGAGAUGUGGAAAAAAAAAAUGAAUAGAACAGGCUGCAGGAAGUGAGCAGCGCUUUAACUGUCUGUGGUCAGGGUGGCUCUCGUCUGAAAUUAGGCAGCUUCACCCACAGCCGUGCCCGCUACUCCUCUGCACAAAAGAGCCAAGCAGGGGCACCUCACAGUACCCGCUUUGAGGCACCAGAGCAGUGACACUUUCACACAUAUAAUUACACCUGUCCACUCCUUAUAUCUUCUGCAAAAGUAAGUGCAAUCUUUAUGUUGAUCUGGGGGUUAUAGGCUAGGCUACAGCAGCAAAAUAUUGUCAUUCACAUUGGAUCAUGGUUCCCUCUUUUUUCUGGCUUUUAAACUACUGUUAACAUAUUUUACACAGCUGUGAUGCUCAUGUAGCUCUUUAAUGUUUUUAUAUUCAUUAUUGUGUACCAAUAUGUCAAGUUACACAGUGAAGUUGCAUUCUUGGAAAAUAAUCUUUGUUGUCUAUAAUUUGAUUUUAUAUUGUCAUUCUGCAACCAUGUUAAACUGCAUGAGCUGCUACCUGUCUUGGCCAGGACACUCUAGAAAAGAGAUUUUGAAUUUCAACAAGACUCUCCUGAUUAAAGUAAAAUGUAAUAAUGUUUACAAAUAGAAACAAUUAUUCUUAAAGCUUUGCAUUCAUCACAGUCAGUCUGCCAUGUUCAGAAAUAUUAGCCUGUCAGCAGGGCCAUUUCAGACAGUUUGAAAACCGUUAAGAUCACACCUCCUCUACCAGCGUAAGUGCAUGAUUUAGCCCUGUUUUAUUCUUAAUGGCUGUUAACACAUUUUUUCAUUGAGUUGUAACAUAAUGUAUAUGAUUCAAUAGAGUGCCUUGAUAGAAGUUGUGAGAAGACAUCUUUGAUUUUUGCAUGAUUAAAUUCAUUGCAUUUUUUUUAACAGUGGAGAAAUUUAAGUACAGUGUUGUUGUUCUCUGAUCUACGGAUUACAGCGAGUGCUUUAUUCUGUGCUAAUCUAGUGAUCCUAAUGGAGAUCAGUCUCUCUCACUGCUGAAAGGUGGCUAUGUGACCAGUGGGGAAAACAUGCACAGCAUUCGUUAAAACAGUAAAUUAGCUUUCUUAAAAUUAAUAUAAUGUAAAAUAAAUAAAUAAAUAAAUAAAAAAGAUCAUUGUUUACUGAAAGUAACUCUUUCUUUUAUUACUUUCCAUGUUAUCUGUUAAAUGCUGAAUAUCAGUGAUUAAUUUUGUGGAAUUUUGGUUAUGGCUUAAAAAACAAAAGGCAAUAAUAUAAGUUAUGUUUUUAUAUCAGCGGUUACAAUAUCUAUCAGAAGCUAAAAUCUAUUUAGAAUUACUAUGAUUUGAUAUAGCCUGUUUUACUCAUUAGACUGGGAAAGCAAAAAAUUUCAGACAUAUGUUACAGGAAAUGGGAAUCUAAAUCUUACGCACAUGAUCACAUACGUUAUUUAGAUGCCCUACUGGCGGACAUCUUCAACUGUUUUAAGCUACACUUGUAUGUUGUCUAAUCUGUGUUUGUCGUUUGUCCGGUUAUGUGCUGAGCAUGCACUGAUGCUUUUGUACAAAUUAAGUUCCUAAUGGAUAAAUAAAGUUAUUUUGAAAUUUAAUUUGAAUUUGGUUUAGAGAUUCUAGGCUGAGCAGAAUCUUUUUACAUUUGUUUUUACCACACAUCUUCUGUGAUAUGUAGAGCAUAGGGUUGUGAAAUGUAGAGCAUAGGAUUGAUCUGAAGUUCCUGUUCAUGCUCAGCUCUGCAACAGAGAUGAGUAGAUUUCUUUGGCUUUAAGACAUGGGCAGAACUGUAAAUGAACUGCAUUUACUGGUGUGCUCUCUUCCUAAAGAAAAUGAUAGAUUUUACCAUCAUUUAAACUUUUGUGAGGCUAAAUUUUAUUCUUGAAAUAAUGUGUGUGUGUGCGCGUCUUCUUUGUAUAGCCCUCCAGACCCCUGUCUGAAGAUAUUACAGUUUAAUAUUGUAUUAUAGUCUGUGCAGAUUAUAAUCUCCAAACUCAAGUCACUUCUAAAGUGUAAAUAAUAAUCAAGACCUGUAUAUGUUUAUUUGGAUAAAUAUUUUCAAUCUGAUGCAACCAUGCUCUUCAAUACCUUGUUGGUAAUCAUCCUCUCCGUGUCAGGAGAAUACUACUGUGAGGCAGAGAAUGCGAUGGGGACAGACAGAUCUCCUCCUAAACGUCUUGAUGUGCAAUAUCAUCCGAAGAGUGUCUCAGUAUCAGUGAGCCCCUCUGGUGAAAUAGUGGAGGGCAGUUCAGUGACUCUGACCUGCAGCAGCAAUGCCAACCCACGAGUGCACAGAUAUACCUGGUAUAAGAAGAAUAGGGCUGAAUCCUCAUGGAGAGGAUCCAGUAACACCAUUAAAAACAUCACACUGCAGGAUACAGGAGAAUACACCUGUCAGGCAGAGAAUGUGAUUGGGAAAAACAUCUCUCCUCCUAAACGUCUUAAUGUGCAGUAUUCUCCCAAAAUCACCUCAGUAUCAGUGAGCCCCUCUGGUGAAAUAGUGGAGGGCAGGUCAGUGACUCUGACCUGCAGCAGUGAUGCCGACCCACCAGUGCAGAUAUACACCUGGUUAAAGAAGACUGGAUCUGUAUUCUUGAGGAGAGGAACAGAACGAAGUUACAUUAUUAAAAACAUCACACUGCAGGAUGUAGGAGAAUACUACUGUGAGGCAGAGAAUGCGAUUGGGACAAAAAGAUCUCCUCCUAAACGCCUCGAUGUCCAGUAUGCUCCCAAGAACACCUCAGUAUCAAUGAGCCCCUCUGGUUAAAUAGUGGAGGGCAGUUCAGUGACUCUGACCUGCAGCAGCGAUGCCAACCCACGAGUGCAGAACUACACCUGGUUUAAGAAGAAUGACACUGGAGUCUGGCAGGCAGGAUCUGGACAGAAUUUGAACUUUUCUAACUUUGGAUCCUGGAACAGAGGACAGUACUACUGUGAGGCACAGAACAGACUUGGAGCUCAGAAUGCUUCUGCUCUACUUGUCACAGUGCAAGAGCAGAGCCUUCAGAGAGUGACAAACGCAGCCAGCGACACAAACUCUGCGCUUCAGAGAGCUGACGAGGCCUCAGUGUGAGAUUAAAACACACAGAGGAGAGAAUCUGCAGAGAAUGAGAAAUGAUGGAGAUCAGGAUGAAAGAGUCUCUUUUUGUCUUUAACUUUACAGAACUGCUGUAUGUUUCUGCUAUCUUAUCCAUCUUAUAAAGAGCUGUUGGUGGAGGAUUUUUCCCAAAGUACUGUAACCCUGCUGCAACAUGCAUGUUCAUGUAACCCUGCCGCAACAUGCAUGUUCAUG